AUGCAGAACGGGUUGCAGAAAAGCUUUGAGGAUGGCAGUUUCAAACUCUUCGUCACUGGCCUAAAAGACGGCACCUCUGUCACUGUUGCCGUCUACAAGACCAAGUUCCUGAGGGACUUUGCUGUCAAGCGUGGUGAGACCGUGCCAGUACAGUUGCCAAGUAACGUCGAAAUGGUUGGAAGCAACAAAUUCCACUCUGCCGUCAUCGUCAGGGCCUCCCAUGAUGUCACGGUCCUCUCACUUAGCUCCAAACCCAACUCAGUUGCCACCACAGUUGUCUACCCCAGGUAUUUACUUGGGAAUACUCACUACCUGGUGACACCUUCUGGAGAGCCUUCCAAAGGCUUCCAGGAGUUCUCCGUGGUAUCCAGCCAGGACCCUACUCAAGUCUUCAUCUAUGUCACCGGCCAAGUGACUUUCCAUGGGGUGACUUAUGGGCCAGGAAGCAAGCUCGUUGUCUCCCUUGAAGCUUACCAAGCUGUCCAGAUCCAAAGCCACCAGGACCUUUCUGGCACCAAAGUCGUCUCUCACAAGCCGGUUGUAGUCUUGUCUGGCCACAGCUGCAUUUGGGCACAUGACAAUUGCCAGCAUGUUUUUGAGCAGCUGCUGCCCAUCCGGAAAUGGGGCAAAGAAUUCUUGGUAGCCCCACUGCCCUUCCAGACCAAUUACGAUGUGGCCUAUGUGGCUGCUUGCCAGACAACACACCUCCAAAUCCGUUCUGGCACCCAUUAUGCCAAGCACCAUUUGCAAGAUGGGCAGGUGAUUGCAGUUGAAGUGAGAGCCCAAAAGCCCCUGUACAUCUCUUCCAAUGUGGGGGUCCAAGUGCUGUUCUACGCCACAGGAGGGGUCAAAGAGGGUGUUCCCUAUGACCCCUUCCUCUCUGGUGUCCCUGCAAUGUCCGACUACUCCAAAUCCUACGGCAUCCUGGGUCAGGAAGGCUUCCACAACCUGGGACUCAUUGUCGCAGAGAGCAGAACGUGCCAGAGCAUUACCUUAGACAAGCAACCACUGCAUUAUGCACACUGGCGGGUCAUACCAGGCACUUCCUACUCCUGGACUGAGUUCAUCUUCAGUGGGCACCAGGCAAUGCACUUUGUAGAACACCCCAAGUCUACCUUCAGCCUUCUGAGCAUUGGGGUCGCCCCACACAAUAGCUAUGGCUCUGUGGCCUUUGCCAUCCAUUGUAAGUCCUGCCUUCCUUCCUCCUUUCCAUCCUUCCUGUUACAUGCUGCACAUCCAGAGUACCCCUGAUGUAUCCAAGAUCUCAAAGUCAUCUCCAGCUGCCACAUCUAUUUCUUCUUCUUAACCUAUAUCACCAUAUCCCAGAGGUAAGGAAGCUGCGGCCUUCCAUAUGUUGUUGGACUCCAACUCUCAACUACAUGGCCAAUGAACAGGGAUGGCAAGAGUUGUAGUUCAGCAACUAUUGGAAGACCACCAGUGUCCAGUCUCUGGUGCAGGAGCUAUUGUGUCUUUUUCAGUCUGAGCACAAUUAAGGCAGAGUUUGCUUCUGCACUAGAGCCAUUUAGCACUGCUAAGGCAUUGCUUGUACCCAAUCAGCUGGAAGAGUGAUUAAAAUGGUCAUUCCAUGCAGUAUUUAAUGCUAUUACUAAAUUUAGCAAAGCCCACCAGCAAUGCUAUUUUUCUA